AUGUUCAGAGGAGUGCUGCGCGCCUGGCUCGUCCUCGCCCUCCAGCUGCGCUGCGUCACCUGGCGGCUGGCCGGCCCGGGGGGUAGCCGGACGGACACGGAGCCAGACAGGAAAUUGACGGGGGCGCUCGGCGCCUCCUUCAGUUGGAGGGAUCUGCAGCUGGGCGCGGCGGUGGCCCCCCACAAGAAGGCGCCUCGGUUCAUGUUGGAUCUGUUUAACGCCGUGUCCGCGUCGGGCGGCGCGAGGAAAAGUCAGAAGGAGAUUCUGGAAGGAAACGUAGUGAGGAGCUUCGAGGAUAGAGGUCGCAAUGGCGAGAGAUUUCACUUUUUUAACCUGUCUUCCAUUGAAAGAGAAGAGAGGAUGAUAAAAGCUGAGUUCCGUUGGUUUCGAAGGAAAAAGAAGUAUUUCUUGGGAAAGUCAUACGGGCCCCAUUUCUAUGAAGUGGAUUUGUACGAAGUCUUGGAUAGUCAAGUGAAGCCUUGGCAAGGAAACCUCAUCACCUCCAGACUCGUUCCUCUUUACACCCAGGGAUGGGAAAUCUUCACUGUCACACACACGGUGUCCAAGUGGAUCCGCUACAGCCAGCACAACAACGGCAUCCUGGUGGUGACUACACUGCCGCCUGGGACCUGGAUGGACUCAGCGGUGAUGCCAUCCAAGCUGCAUGGAGAGCGAGGAAAUAAUAAUGCCUACUUGGUUUUAUUCUCUGACGAUGGGAGGACAGGAGCAUCAAAUCGGUCGUACUUUGGACCAGCCCACCCUGCACCUGCUGCUUCUGAACUCCCCAACCACCCGACUAGGAGGCGACGUGGAGCCCCAGUGGCCCGACCCCGUGGCCACUCCCGGUCCUGCCAGAGGGUGCCCCUCUUUGUAGAUUUCGAGGAGAUCGGUUGGUCGGGCUGGAUCAUCUCGCCACGGGGUUACAACGCUUACCACUGCAAGGGCUCUUGUCCCUUCCCACUCGGGGGCAACCUCCGAGCCACCAACCAUGCCACCGUGCGCUCCAUCAUGCACGCGCUCAAGGUGUCCACAGACGAAGUGGAGGCACCCUGCUGUGUGCCCGACAAACUCCAGUCCAUCAGUUUGUUAUAUUUCGAUGAUGAAGAGAAUGUAGUUUUAAAACAAUAUGACGACAUGGUGGCUAUGAGCUGCGGCUGCCACUGA